AUGGCCGCCACGGACGAGUGGAGGAAGCAGCUCUACCACCAGACACAUCCAACGCUGAGACAGUCCAAUGGCGACGUCCGCCUGCUUACAAUUCAGUCGUGGUAUGAUUCAAACACCCAUCUCGACGCGCCACUCAAGACCAUCAUUCAGUGUUCCCUACGGCUGGCCAACCUCAGGAGGGACUCAUUGUCAAUGGCCGUCUCGCACUCGUGGGAUGCCUCAGAUCCGAUCGUCGAGUCCGAGCCAGUCAUCGUCGACGGGGUUCCAGUCCCAGUCUCGAAGGGAUUGUACCAGGUUCUCUGCCACUUGCAGCAGCUGAGCGACCCUACCACCGUCUGGAUCGAUGCGCUGUGUAUCAAUCAUGCUGAUAUCGCGGAGAAGUCCGCCCAAGUUGCGCAGAUAGCUGAGAUUUACGCCAAGGCAGAUAAGACUCUGCUGUGGCUGGGACCCGAGGAUGAUCUGAGCUAG